UCAAUUCACAUUCUAAUUCCUUCAAUUUAGCAACAACUCCGCGAUUGAUUUAUAUAUAGAAGUGAAGUGAGGGACUUUUUAUAUUUAUUUUCGUUAUAUAGAGAAGAACUCAUCAUACUAAAAAUAAAAUGGAGGCACCUAUGGCUAGGUUACCACCCAUUCAAAGAACUUCAUCGAUUGAAAGAGAGCCUAGGACUCUUGACAUAGGCCAAAUUCAAUCUGCAAGGAAUUUAGCAAUAUACAUAUUGAACACAAAGACCUUCGAAGAAGCUUCCAGAAUUUUCACCGAGGGAUUGCAGCCAGUGGUGAGUGCUGCUUCUAGCAUGGGAUCCGGUAACAUGGAUUUGGGUGAAGAAUUGGAGCUAAUCCCCCAAGAAGCAUUCAGGGACAUAGCAUCUGCACCUUUCUAGCUAUACUCAAAUUGAAUAUACAUGCUCACUCAACAAGUGUUCAUGAUCUUUUGAACUUAGUUGUAGCUUGUACAUAUAUAUAUAUAUAGUAUGCCAUAUGAUACCAUACGGGAUGAAAUUUUGGGUUUCCAACAAUUAUUAUUUAUCAUCUCUUUUCAUCUC